GAAGGUGGAGGAAAGUUCAAGGGUGUUAGCAUGAAAAUCGAUAUGAGAACGUGUGGAAAUGUUGGAAAAUGUGGACCGGCAGUGUAGCAGGAAUCGAAUGGCAAACAACAUGCGGAUUGUUGCCAUCCGCCUGUGUCUGACGUCUUUGUGACGGCGGUCUGACAGAUAGGACGCCGCUCCAUCAAAAUCUCAGAGUGGUGGGACAGGAAGGAAGACGACAACAACUGGGACUAAAUAUAAUUGGGUGGAUAAGAUGCCUAUAGUACAUCAGACGAGAGUAUCUUUUCUGCAAUCUAUUGGAUUCUGAAUCGCAUUCAUUUACUUUUCUUUUUCGAACGGGGGGAUGAUGGCAGAGAUGUCUGACCAUCAGAGCACCGAGCCCUAUUGGAAGAUGGCACGCAGCGGCGUUGCGCUAUUGUUGAACAACAGACAGGAAGAGGCCAAAGCACUUUUCAGACAAUAUCCUGACAGUAACAUCAUGUACUCAGGAUAUGCCACCGUCAUGUUCAUCGACGCUCUGAUGAGCUAUGAGGAAGAUAGGCUGAACCUGGCCGUGGAGACGCUGAAGGAGACGGAGAAGAGAUGUUGCGGUUCGGGCUGGCUUCGGUAUAUCCGUGGGAAACCGCCCGACCUUAACUAUGCAGAAUACUUGGAGAAUCAGAUCAUCAAGGCGGACGCGGAACUUUACCUAGCUACUCUCACGUUCCUGCAGCAGGACAUAUCCGGUUACUUCAAGGGUGGUUGGAUAAUGCGCAAGUCUUGGAAGCACUACCAGCAGACAUAUAAUGAAAUUCUAGCCAUAUACAAACAGAAUAUUGGAGAUUUAGAUUUCGAUGGUGAUGCGAGUGACCAGCCAGAAGUGGGUGAGAACAGCGGCGAAUGUACUACAUCUUCGGACACCGAACAGGAAUUGGAUUUGGAUGAACAGAAAGUGGAAGCGGUAACGGAUGUGCCUGAUCCUGCAGUUGCUGUGACCCAGAACGGGUACAUUCCCAAAUCCUUAACCGUAAACUCUUUCACGCACUCCUCAACUUCCACCGCGCCAUCGUCAGCAUCGUCUGCAAUUCCGUUGAAAAAGUCUCGGUCGUUCAGCGGGACGUUGAACAGGUACACGCAGGGUCUGUUCAACGUCAUCGACGAGGGGCCGAAGGUCGUCGACAUCGACCGCGCAACGAUUAUACGAUUGAUGCGCGCCGUUUCCUUCGGUUACGGCCUCCUGCAGCUCGGCAUGUCGUUGUUACCGCCUUCUGUACUCAAGCUAACCAGCUUCCUGGGUUUCCAGGGUAACCAGAAGAGCGGUCUUGAGAAGCUCGUAUACGCUAGGAACGGGGAAGACAUGCGAUCCCCGAUGGCCACCCUAGCUUUGCUCUGGUAUCACACGAUAGUCCGUCCGUUCUUCGCACUGGAUGGAAACAAUGUACAAGCGGGUGUGCGGAUCGCCACUACUCUCAUUGCCGAAGCCAUGCAGGAAUACAGCGACUCUGCUAUCUUCCUCUUCUUCAAAGGCAGAAUCGAUAGGUUAAAGUCAGACAUUUCGUCGGCAAUUCAGUCGUUUAACGCGUCUAUUGCGAACUCGAAUCAUCGGGAAAUUCGCAUUUUAUCGCAACAUGAGGUCGGCUGGUGUUAUCUGAUACAGUUGGAGCACGAACACUCGCAGAAUACUUUCUUAUACUUGAAGCAGCAGAGUCGGUGGUCUCGAGGUUUCUACUCGUACAUUUGCUUAAUCUCAGCUGGUGCAAACGAAAGUCUACAGACAAUUUGCAGUUUCGAAGACCUAAAGGGCAUGUUCACAGUCUCCCCUAAGGGUUCACAACUAGACGAGUACUUGGGACGGCGUUAUAAAUGUUGUCCUAUCGAAGAGGAACUUUUCUAUGCUAAGAGUAGCCUCUUUUGGAAACUACUUGUUUAUGAGCUGCUCUACCUAUGGAACUCCUUGCCCAGCUGCAACGUAGACAGUCUAAAAACUGUAAUCAAUGAUUGCGAAUUAGCUAACGGUAACGAAGAAUACGUGCCGUUCUUAGGGUUGUCUGAAUUAAUUAGCGGUAGCGCCUUGUGCAUCCUGAAAGAGUACGAGAGAGGUAUAACCGCAUUCCGCAAGUGCCUAGAGAUGAGGUCCAACUGCAGUGUCCAGGGUUGCGACUCGCACAUAACCGCAUUUGCAUUGUACGAGUUGGGUCGGUUGUUAAUUCGUGAUCCGGAAACAAAGGAUGAAGGACGUCUUACGCUGCAGCAGAUAUCUAACUACAAGGACUACGAUUUCGAACAGCGGCUCUCCAUCCGAAUCCAUUCCAUCCUAAAGCAGUACGCGUAACUGGGCUCGCAGAUAUGAGGUACAAACUCCAAAGCCGAAUUAACUUGUUUUCUGUUUCUGUUUUGUUCCAUCGUCGUCUAGCCAAUAAACAUUGUUGCGUCCCCUCUCUACCAGAGAAUUACAAUAAGUAGAAGUUUUUUCAUACAGCUCGAGGUUUAACAAUACUAAUUAUAAUUGAUGUUCUACUUUAAAAUAAGCUAUUUAUUUUGUAAAAUAAAAUUUAUUAUAAUAUUAUUUAAAUUGGAAUAAUAGCAAAAGCAGCUGCCGCCUAUAUAUAGAUAUGUAUAUACACACACGGACAAUAUGUAUUUAAUAAGAAUAUACACGAAACGAACAAAAUGAAUCCUAUACCAAAUAUAAACACUAAUAUA